CGUGGCAGAAUCGACGCUCUUUAUUCAAACUUUGCGUAUUGAACUUCUAGACAAUGGGGAAGGAAAACUGAAAUCGCAAAUCAAAAUCUAUGACCGCUCUCUCAAUGCCAUGGAACACUCGGCUCAGAGAAUUAGCAAAACGAUGCCAAUUCCUUCAAGCUCUAAGUCUCUACGCCCAAAUGCUUCGCCAUGGCGAUCACCCCAAUGCCUUCACUUUCCCGUUUGCCCUCAAAUCCUGCGCGGCCCUCUCGCUCCCCAUACUCGGCGGCCAAUUUCAUGGUCAAAUUAUCAAAGUUGGGUGUGAAUCUGAACCUUUUGUGCAAACUGGUUUGCUUUCUAUGUACUGCAGAGGUUCAUUACUCGGAAAUGCCCGUAAAGUGUUUGAUGAAAAGUCCCAGUCCAGAAAGCUUACCGUUUGCUACAAUGCUUUGAUUUCCGGCUAUGUUUCGAAUUCUAAAAGUUCUGACGCGGUUCUUUUGUUUCGCCAAAUGAAUGAAGAGGGUGUCCCAGUUAAUUCAGUUACAUUGCUGAGUUUGAUCCCAGUGUGUGUAUCUCCGAUUAAUUUGGAGCUUGGAUUGUCUCUGCAUUGCUCAACUUUGAAAUAUGGAUUGGAUUCAGAUGUCUCCGUUGUUAACUGUUUCAUUACUAUGUACAUGAAAUGUGGCUCGGUUAAUCAUGCACAGAACCUGUUUGAUGAAAUGCCUGAGAAGGGUUUGAUUUCUUGGAACGCUAUGGUUUCUGGGUACGCACAAAAUGGGCUGGCAACUAAUGUUUUGGAGCUCUAUCAUAACAUGGAGUUACAUGGGAUUCACCCGGAUCCCUUCACUCUUGUUGGGGUUUUAUCAUCUUGCGCCAACCUUGGGGCUCAGAGUGUUGGUCGUGAGGUAGAGCUUAAGAUCCAAGCAAGUGGGUUUACCAAUAAUCAGUUUCUGAAUAAUGCUUUGAUCAAUAUGUACGCAAGGUGUGGAAAUUUAACCAAGGCACAAGCAUUGUUCGAUGAAAUGCCAGAAAGAACAUUAGUUUCAUGGACAGCAAUAAUAGGUGGGUAUGGAAUGCAUGGACAUGGAGAAAUUGCAGUGCAGCUAUUCGAAGACAUGAUAAGGAGUGGCAUUGUACCUGAUGGAACUGCAUUUGUGAGUGUCUUGUCUGCCUGUAGCCAUGCAGGGCUCACUUCUCAGGGCAUGGAAUAUUUCAAGAUGAUGGGAGGAAACUAUCAAUUGGAACCAGGUCCAGAGCAUUAUUCGUGCAUGGUGGAUCUUCUGGGGAGAGCAGGGCGGCUAAAUGAAGCUCGGAAUCUCAUUGAAUCCAUGGCAAUAGAGCCUGAUGGUGCCGUCUGGGGAGCUCUUCUGGGUGCUUGUAAGAUCCACCAGAAUGUCAAGUUAGCAGAGUUGGCUUUUGAACGUGUGGUCGAGCUUGAACCUGCAAACAUAGGAUACUAUGUGUUAUUAUCAAACAUUUAUAAUGAUACCAAGAACUCAAAAGGGGUUUUGAGGAUCCGGAUUAUGAUGAAGGAGAGGAAGCUGAAGAAGGAUCCUGGGUGUAGCUAUGUUGAAUUGAAGGGCAGAGUUCAUCCAUUUGUAGUUGGGGAUAGAAGCCAUCCCCAGGCUGAAGAGAUAUAUAGCGUGUUGGAGGAGUUAGAAGCGUUAGUGCAGGAAUUUGGAGAGGCUAAAAGAGCUGAUAGAGAAGAAAGCAACAAAGAUUUGUUUGCUGGGGCUGCUGGAGUUCAUAGUGAAAAAUUGGCUGUUGCCUUUGGACUUCUGAAUACCACGGCUGGGACUGAAGUUGUUGUCAUCAAAAACCUUAGGAUAUGUGAAGAUUGUCACUUGUUUUUCAAGAUUGUUAGUAAAAUUGUUCAUCGUCAACUAACUGUUCGAGACGCUACUCGCUUCCAUCAUUUUAGAAAUGGGAGCUGUUCUUGCAAGGAUUAUUGGUAAAAUU